AUGAAUGUUGUUAUGAGUAAGGCCGGCGCGGGCGUGGUGCUACGCUGUUUGCUGGGGUGGGAAGUCGACGUUGAUGCUUUGCCCUGGGGCGAGGAGGUAGACGGAGAUGAACUUGGCAUUGGCAGUAGUCGCGAGUUGGCUGGUGGGUGGGAGACGGUUGUUAGUGCCGGUGAGGUUCCGUGGAAGGCUGGCUGCGGCCCUGGCGACAGGCGGGCCUAA